UUGUUUAUCUAAGGUGUACUCGGUCUAGACUCUACGGUAGAGAAAGGUAACUGCGCCUCAAUGACCGAUAAAAGCAAAGUUGUUUCAAUCCUCACGCUUGCUGAGAGAGCUGGAAUGUCAACCGGAAUCGUGACCACCACGCGAAUCACCCACGCUACUCCCGCCAGCUCGUACGCGCACUCAGUAGACCGUAACUGGGAAAGCGAUGUGGAUGUCAAACCCUCAGGUGGUGGAUCCAAUUGCCUGGAUAUCGGUGUACUCGGUCUAGACUCUACAGUAGAGAAAGGUAACUGCGCCUCGAUGACUGAUAAAAGCAAAGUUGUUUCAAUCCUCACGCUUGCUGAGAGAGCUGGAAUGUCAACCGGAAUCGUUACCACCACGCGAAUCACCCACGCAACUCCCGCCAGCUCGUACGCGCACUCAGUAGACCGUGACUGGGAAAGCGAUGUGGAUGUCAAACCCUCAGGUGGUGGAUCCAAGUGCCCAGAUAUCGCGCAAAAACUAGUCAAAAAGCAACAAAANGAGUUUGGCAAGACCUACACCACACUUGGGUAUGCGGACGGCCCCGGUGGACUGAACGGAUCUCGUCCAGACCUGCGCACAGUGAACACGACAGCUGAAGACUUCCUUCAACAAGCGACAGUCGUAUUGGAAUAUGAAAGUCACGGUUCUGAGGAUGUUGGGGUAUUCGCGGACGGGCCUGGAGCGUAUUUGUUUCAUGGAGUGGUGGAACAGCAGUAUGUUUUUCACGUGAUGGAUUACGCCUUGUGUCUGAGUGAGAGCAAGCAGAAAUCAUGUGUCAAGCACGUGGACAGAGGUGGCCCAAAUCCCAAAAGCGUGGCUGGACCUUCCUCUCUCGCCACUCCGUCGCUAUAUGUUCUGAUAAUUGCAGCGUUGCGGUUGCUCGUUUGA